CGUGGUACUCUGGGUAACUCACGUCCAAUGGUGCUUUCGCGGAGUAGGUAUACCUGGUUCUGAUGCAUUCUCGCAACGAUAGUUUGCACUCUUGUGUGCAUCUUUUGGAACUUGCAUUCUGUGUCUAUCCGUGACGUAAUAUCUUUGACCCGGCGCCUGAACAACCCGUUCACGUAUUAACGUCGGAGUCUGUUUACUCCGGUGCUGGUGUCUGCACAAUAAUUCCCAGGUUCCAAGGCGAUUCAAACAUCCCGGCUGUUCCUGACAUCAAAUCUCAAUGGAAGUCGACUAUGAGAGCGCUCGACUGCUCACAAACUUAGAGGUCCUGCAGCUAAUAAAUUCUCGACUGGAGUCUAAGAAGAAGAUUAGGAGCCAACAGACAUUACUCUAUACAUGUUCAAAAUAUCUGAAAACGAGGACCCCAUGUGCCGCACAAUCUGCUGAUUCUGUGCGCUCCUUCACCAAAGCAGUAAAGUCGUUUAAAUUUACGAAAUUAGAGCUGCUAAUGCUCAUCAACCAUUGUCCCUCUACUCAAGUGGAACUCUCUGUGUUGCUUUCCGACAUGGAUUCCAGAUUCUCUCCCGACCAGAUUGAACAGCUGUUAAAAAUAAUUGGCGAACACUUUCCCGAAUCUGUCGCAGCCAGUUGGGGGUUGGAACAUGUAUGGCGACGUGUUCCGUAA